AUGCUGCUGCGUAGUCAAGCAGCCGCAUCCGCAUUUCGCAUUCACGCGGUCACUCCCGUUGUUCCCAACACCGCACGAAGCUUUCACACUCGUCCCGAUCAGACCUUCAGACAAUGGCCGCUCAAGUCGUUGGGCGGAGGACUGGUUGCAGCGGGUAGCGGAUGGUACUAUCUCGGCAACCCCACCGACGAUGCAGCACGAAGCUUUUCCGUGCACUCUCCUCUCGAGUCGGACAGAGGUGAUGGCAAUUCGGUCGACGGAUCAUCCACGCUGCUGCGUCCAGCAUCGCCUGCCGCACCUCGAAGACAGACCGUAACGCUGGUGUUCCUCACCUCGCAAUCUUCUAGCAAUGGGUUGGUCAAGAGUCUGGUGUCCAACUUUGGCGGGGGAGGGGGUGAACGGGAGAAGUGGUUUCCUUGGAUUGGGUAUUUCCGCGAAGCAGGGUACGAUUGUCUUCAAAUGAACCUCGCGCUACCUGGCAACGACGGCAGCGACACAGGCUCUCACUCGAAAUCAGACAGUACCACCGCUCGACUCGCCGACGAGCUGCACGAACAGAUCAGGCUGAGCAACUUGCAACGUCAACCCGUCCUGUUCGUCCAUCACACCUCCGAUUCCAACCCAGAGUCGACGAGUCAAAUCGUCAGCUCGUACAUCGAACCCACCUCCACCAGAACAGGUGGAGGAGGAGGAAGAGGGACGUCGUUCUGGAGCAAACUCUUCGGAGGUGGGGGGAUGUUCGGUGGUAGACCGGCCAUCUCCGGUCUCGUGGUGAUCUCGGAUCUCGACGACGCUUCGGCGCUGACCUUGUUCGGCAAGCAUCCGAAGCUCAACACGCUCAUCGUGGCCAACGGUGGUGCGAGCACGAGCAACCAUGAGGGAAAGGUGACGGUGAUGGAUGCUCAGGGCAAGAAGCACGAUGGCGUUGUGAAGGACAUUGAGCGCUGGUUGAUCAGUCAGGGUUACGAGGGUUGA